AUGGCAGUUUUUGUGGACUAUGGCGAGAUAGGUUUUGUGAUGGAGUAUUUUGAAAGCAAUACUCUAAGAAGUAUUAUAAAUCGCAAGUUGAACUUAGCUGAAAUACAAAAGCAACAAAUAUGCUUACAAAUAAGUAAAGCAAUAGUCAACGAGUAUUUGGUAACAAAAGUGUGCGAUAUGGGUUUAAGCAGAUUUGAAGACAUGCCGGAAAGUUUGAAAACCACAGCUGGACGUACUGUUGGUACAGUCACCUAUAUGGCCCCAGAAGUCCUUCUUUACUACGAAUCAGGAAAUUCGGCUGCUGAUGUCUGGGCUUUGGCAUGUGUCUUUGUAGAAUUAUACAAAGAAGCAGAUGUCUGGGCCAUUCCACCCAAUCGGCUUAAUUUGAAUGAAUCAUACAAAGAAAUAAUUUCUACCCAAAAAGUACCUGAUCUUACAAGUGUGCCUAAAAGUAUAUCAAAUAUUUUGAAAGUGUGCUUUGAUCAUGAUCCUCAUAAGAGGCCAAAGGCAAGCACGCUUCUUGAUAUUUUUAAAAUGUUAGAAAUUAUAAUUUAA